UUCUCUCUUCUCCUCUUGCGAUUUAGAAACAUUUAAAGAAUAUCUUGUACAUCUUCCCAUAUGACCUAAAUUCGGUAAAUUAGAGCGGGCUGACUGACAUUUAGAAAUGUAGAAAGAUUAUCCUCUCUUACGAAUUCUUCAGUUAGUCGCCGCUGUUACUCAAUGGAUAAACAUUGUCUGAAGAAAUGUCAAAUUUAAAAAGGAACGAAACCGUAUUCAACACAUCUACAAUGAUAUCACAGAACACAAUAUCGCAAUGGACUAUUGCUACUGGUGUUGCAGUGCUUACUACCGCAGGCCUUCUUUUCGCCUUUUUACGAUGCAGAAGGAAGACAGUUUAUCCAGAAAACAUGAUCAUACUUCAUUUGAUACCAAGAAUACGAGAAGCUCCGAACAUCUCUCCUUUUGCCAUAAAGCUAGAGACUUUUCUCCGUAUGGCCAAGUUGCCGUAUCAGGUUGAAUAUACCCAUAAAAUGUCACCGAAACACAAGUCACCUUGGAUUACAUACAAUGGAGAAGUUGUCAGUGACUCCCAGUUCAUUAUUGAGUAUUUAAAUAAGAAAUUCGAUGUUGAUUGUAACAGUCAUCUCACAGAUGAACAACAAAGUAUUGCUAGAGCUAUGCAGAAAAUGGUAGAAGAGAAUUUAUUUUGGGCUUUGGCUCUCAGUCGAUUUGUUUACAGUUAUUCUGAUCCAUCUCUUCGACAACUGAUUCCUGUUCCAAAAAUUAUCAUUUGGAGAAUAAAGAGAAUACUUCUCAGUCAAACAUAUAGCCAGGGUAUUGGUCGACAUUCUCGUUCUGAAGUGGAACAUAUUGCAAUGGGAGAUUUAAAGGCACUCUGUGAUUUUAUUGGUGAAAAGAAGUUUCUCAUGGGAGAUAAACCUUGUGAGACUGAUUGUGCUAUAUUUGGGAUAAUUGCAGUGACAAAACAGAUGCCGAAAAGUAGCUUUUGCACUAAGAUCAUUGAAGAUGGAAUAUUCCCUAACCUAACAGCUUACUUUGAAAGAAUGAAAGACUUGUAUUGGCCUGACUGGGUUGCUCCAGACUUGAAAUUUCCAACAUUUGGUCUUCAGCCUCUGAAAGACUAAAUAAUUGAUCUUUUUUUUUCAUUGAUGCAAUAUUGAUUUUACUGUUUUCUUUUUUCUUUUCCUUUUUUCAUUAGUUUUAAUACUUUAGACUUAUUUAAAUGUAUUAUUGAUUAAUUAUAACAGAAAAAAUAUUUGGUUUCAAAUAUUGGUAGAACUAUGUUAAGUAGCUACUCUUCAUUAUUACAUAUAAAAAUGGAUAAAGUUCAUUCCCAAGUCGUAUAGACUCCCAGGGCUGGUUUCCUGGAUUCUCUGGUGUAUAUGUUCCCCUCUGGAUAGGACACUGGUCUAUCAAAAGAAUACUCAUUUUUACCAGCUGAGGGGAGUGGAGCAUUGUGAAAUGAAAUGUUUUGCCUGAGAACACAACGCAUCGCCCAGUCUAAGAAUUGAAACCACAAUCUUACAAUCAUGAAUUCAACACCCUAACCACAAAGCCACAUGCGUCCACAUUGUUAUAUAUCCAAGUAACUCAAAUCUCUGUUAUAUUCAUUUGUCUGAAGUCAUCUCUUGUAACAAUGGAUAAGCUAAAUCACAUUGUAUUUUCAAUAUGGCAUUUAUCUUUUAUAUGAAAGCUCAUAGCUUAAUGAGAUGUUCAUCAGUGGAAAUUUUAUUUUUACAAUACUCACAAAGCGAUUAUUUCUUUUCUUCAUUUGAUAUUCAAAACACAAAUAAUAUACAAGUGCCAUAGUAUAACAAUGAGGUUUCUAUAAACUGAAUCUGCAAUAUAUAUUCCAUCUACAGUUGAAGAGCUUCCCUGCCUUUGAUAAUCCUCAUAAAACCUUGAAGAUUUUUGAUACUGAACUAGCUGCCUGUCAAAGGUUGUGGCAUGCUUUAUUCAAAAAUAUAUUUGAAACAUUCUAAUUAAUAGACAUAAAAUUUAAUGAAUCAGUUUUGAUUAAAACAUAAUUUACACA